CGGACGCGCGAUAUCGACGUGGCCACAAAGUCACCUGCGCGAUAUUGCGAUGAUCGACUUUAUGCUCCUGGUGUCCCGUCAGGGGAAGACGCGUUUGUCCAAGUGGUACUCCACCGUGCCACUCAAGGACAAGGCGCGCAUCAUUCGUGAAGUGACUACACUUGUGCUCGGACGGCCACAAAAGCAAUGCAACUUUAUCGAGUGGAAGGACCAGAAGAUCGUGUACAAAAGAUAUGCGAGUCUGUACUUUGUCGCGUGCAUUUCGAAGGAAGAGAAUGAACUCAUUACGCUCGAAGUGAUUCACUUGUUCGUGGAAGUGCUGGACCGGUACUUUGGCAACGUUUGCGAAUUGGACAUCAUUUUCAACUUCCACAAAGCUUACUACAUCUUGGACGAGCUCUUAAUUGGCGGCAACCUCCAAGAGCCAAGCAAGAAAGAGAUUCUCCGCGUGUGCCAGCAGCAAGAAGACUUCAUGGAAGAGUCCAAGGAAGAUCUCUUUGUGCGUCCACGUACAACGACCCGGUAGAGCGUUCAGUGGAGACGUGCGAAGCUAGCGGCCGCUAUUGUCUUAGUUGUGGUCGAGUGGUUUAACAAAUCGAACACUUGGCACAGUCAUAUCAUGAAUAGCUGUUGCAGAC